AUGGGUCCCGGGAAGGCUCCUGCGAACCCGCAGAUACCGGUCACGAAGCAGAACGUCACGACGCAUGCGACGAAGGACGCCAGCGAGCGACGAAGAAAGGGGGAAGCGAACUUUGUGUGCCCGAUCCCUGGAUGCGGGAGCACGUUCACGAGGGGCUUCAACCUAAAGGGCCAUCUACGUUCGCACACGGACGACCGGCCGUUCCAGUGCAAGUGGCCUGGGUGCGAGAAGAGCUUUGCCCGACAGCACGAUUGCAAGCGGCACGAGGCCCUUCAUCUGGGCGUCCGGGAUUUCAAGUGCGGAGGCUGCCAGAAGGAGUUUGCGAGAAUGGAUGCCCUCAAUCGUCAUCGUACGUGCAUAUAUCCCCUCGCAUCACUAACGUGGUGCUUAUCGAUUUCAUUGUAG